AUGGUCCGCGCUGUCGGUGGGGUGUCCGCAAAGGUGGUGUGGUUGCUCGAGUUUAUGGUGGAACCCUCGGACGUGACGGUACCGGAAGGUAAUUCGGUUAUGUUGCAGUGUGCCGGCAAUGCGGAUCGGAAGGUGCUGCAGGAUGGCAAAACGGUUCCCAACAUUCGGUGGCGUGGCCCCGACGGACAGGAUAUCGGCAUCGUCGGCGAUACGUUCCGGUCGCAGCUGACCAAUGGCUCGCUGUACAUUAGCUCCGUGGAGAGCAAUCGUGGGCUGACCGGGUUUUACCACUGUCUGCUGAACGUGGACGGUAUCGGUACGAUCGUUAGCCGAUCGGCACGUGUCUCGAUAGCAGAUCUACCGGACAUAAACCAGGAAUCGCACGAAAUCUAUCUGUACACCGGCCAAACGGCAUACUUCAAGUGCAUGUCCACGCUGCUACCGUACAGCGUUGAAUCGCGCUACCACACCGAAUGGCUCAAGGAUGAUGUGCCGCUGCGGAUGGAUUUGACGCGAAUGCUGCUGCUUCCCUCCGGUGCGCUGGAAAUUGACGAAGUUAUCCCGGCGGACCGGGGCACCUACCAGUGCAACGUGACCGCGGGCACCUUCUCGCGGUUGAGCAGCAAAUCGAACCUCAACAUCAAGUCCACGGCCGGCCAGCCACAAAGUUUCGCCCCGCCCGCCUUCGUGAUCGUGCCGCAACCGCAGACGGUACGCGAGGGCGACACCGUCAUACUGGACUGUGCGGCUAAUGGCAAUCCGAAGCCAACGAUACGGUGGCUGCGCAACGGGGAAGACAUCGACAUGAACGAUCUGGACUCACGGUUCCGCAUCAUGGGCACGGGAUCGCUGCAGAUCAAUUCGAUACAGGACACGGACGCGGGCGACUAUCAGUGCCGGGCAAGCAACACGGAAGAUUCGCUCGAUGCGUCCGCAACGGUGCAGGUGCAGGUGCCACCGAAGUUUAUCCUCAGCCCGGAUGAUAAGGUCGCGUACGAGAAGGAGGAGCUGGAGCUGUCCUGUUCCAUCCAUGGCAAACCGACACCCGUAAUACAAUGGUUGAAAAACGGAGACCUGAUAACGCCUAGCGAGUACAUGCAGAUUGUUGGAGGACACAAUUUGAAAAUCUUCGGUCUGAUCGGUUCAGACGCGGGAAUGUUUCAGUGCAUCGGAACGAAUCCGGCAGGAAGCGUGCAGGCGGCAGCCCGGCUGGAAAUAAUCGAACCAGGUCUGCCGAAACGACACAAGGGCAAAAAAUUUCAGCAGACGCAAUCGAAAACGAAAUCGUACGAAAAAUCACCACUGCUGCUGCAGUCCGAUCCGAAACUAUCGAAAUCGGUGCUGGAUAGUUUGGUGUCGCGGACGAAGGAACGCCCAAACCUGGACCGGCAUCAGUUUCAGUACAACGAAUACACUGACGAUGACUAUGCCGAUCACGACCGCAUGCUUGACAGUGACCAUGAUGAGGACGAUGACGACGAUGACGAGGAGGAGGACGGGAAAAUCUAUUCGCUCCGACCGAACGAGGACCCGAACAAACUCUACCAAUCGUUGACCGGUUCGAAGUCCCGGGAGGAUGGUGAGGUUGGCCAUUUCUCUAAUCAGAAGUCUCCCAUUAAUGCUGUCACGCGGAAAUACUCGAAAUCGUACGUAGAUGGCGGUGGAAUAUUUGCUGCACCAUUGCCGGGACCGCCGCGCGCCCUCCAGGCCCAGAUAGUGCAGUCACGCUUCAUUACGCUCAACUGGCUGGAACCGGCAAAGAAUCCCGAUGAGGUAAUCUCCUACUCGGUCUAUUACCGCAUGCACACCAGCGAUAGAGAGCGCAAGAUGACGACCAAUUCGCGCGAUGAGCAGGAAAUCAAUAUUCAAUCAUUGCAACCGGGUAAAAAUUAUCACUUCCGCGUGGUCGGCAACAGCAAUCACGGUGCGGGCGAGUCAUCGGAGGCACUGGAGGUGCGCACAUUGUCCGAGGAGAAUAUAGCCGGUGCGCCGCAGAAUCUGCGUGGAUUCGCCAUCACCGAGAAAGAUAUUCACCUGCAGUGGGAUCCACCGGCGGUGACAAACGGACUGAUUACGAAAUAUCGCGUGUACUACGCUGAAACCGACAACGGGGCGGAGAUGUACUCCGACACCACCACCACGGAGGUUAUCAUCAACGAAUUGCGCCCGUACACCAAGUACACCAUGUACGUGGUUCCCUUCAAUCAGGCGGGAAUGGGCGAUCCAUCGCACGAGAUAGACGUGAAAACGUAUUCGUCGACUCCAUCGGAACCGCCGGCAAAUGUGACGCUGGAGCAGACGAGCUCCACCGUGGCGAUCCGAUGGGAACCGCCAGCGCUGGAGGACCGCAAUGGGCAGAUAACGGGGUACAAAAUCAAGUACCGCAAGAACAAAAAACCACUGCAGGUGGAGACGACUCCGGCCAACGUGCGAUACUACAUAUUGAAGGAUCUGGACAAGAUGUCCGCCUAUCAGGUGAAGAUCGCUGCCAUGACGGUAAACGGCACUGGACCGUUCACGGAAUGGCAUCACACGGAAACGUACGCGAACGAUCUGGACGAAUCGCAAGUUCCCGGUCAACCGGCGUGGAUAAAGACCCGACCUGGAGCGGACAACAUAACGGUCUUCUGGGGACCUCCGGGACACCAAGAGAUUAAAGUGCGCAGUUACAUCCUUGGCUGGGGCAAAGGUAUCCCCGAUGAAGAAACGGCGGAAAUAGAGGAGAGAAUGCGACAGUUCGAAAUUAGCAAUCUGGAACCAAACAGCGAAUAUGUCAUUUCUUUGCGGGCCCGUAAUGCAAUGGGAGACGGUGCUCCGAAGUACGACACGGUACGUACCCGGGAAGAUGCCCCAAUCGAAGCUCCAACACCGUUAGAAGUGCCGGUCGGAUUACGCGCCAUCCCGAUGUCCGGAACAUCGAUCGUAGUAUAUUGGACAGACACGACACUUAGUAAAAGCCAGCACGUAUCUGACAAUCGGUACUACGUCGUACGGUACAGCCCGAAUGGGUCUAACCGCUACCGCUAUCACAACGCGACCCUUCUGAGCAGCAUGAUUGGUGAUUUACGACCGAACACGCAGUACGAGUUUGCCGUGAAGGUAGUGAAAGGGCACCGCCAAUCGGCCUGGUCAAUGUCGGUGCUGAACACCACACAGCAAGCUUCACCCGUGUCACCGCCGCGAGAUUUGGAGGUGACUUUCGAUCCGCGCAAUCCUCUCACCGCCAUACUGAGCUGGCUUUCACCGCGCCAUGUGAGCGGGCCAAUCGCGGGCUAUCAGGUGCUGUACACAACCGACAACGAAAAGCGCGAUCGGGAUUGGAACAUUGAAUCGACGACCGGCGAGCAUACGUCUGCGGAGAUCGUAAGCCUGGAACCGCACACAACAUACUAUUUCAAAGUGCAGACGCGCCACUCGAAAGGGUUGGGUCCGUUCUCGGCGAUGGUUUCGCUGAAAACUGGCGCUGAGGUCGAUUCGAGUGGGAACCUAACGCUGGAGAAAUCUAUCUCAUCCGAGCUGAUAUACAUCACGGCGGGAUUUGCGGCUAUGGCCGGACUGACGGCGAUUGGCAUUUUGGUGCUGAGGUGCCGUAGGAAAGGGCCCGAAGACACGCCGGAGCAUGCGAAGAAAAGCUAUCAGAAGAAUAAUGCGGGAAUCAUUAAACCACCCGACCUAUGGAUCCAUCACGAUCAGAUGGAGCUGAAGAAUAUGGACAAAGGCAAUCACAGUACGACGCCCGGUUCGGUUGAUGGAGGAGCGUCCAGCAGUGGUACGAUGACGCUGCCCCGAUCCGUCGGUGGGCACGAUUACGAUAGCGAAACUCCAAUCACUCACGUUACCAACUCACUCGAUAAGCGAAAUUAUGUGCCAGGGUAUAACGGAAACACAACGUCCCUUAGCUCGACGAUGGAACGACCACAGUACCCACGGACGCAGUAUAGCAUGGCCGCCAGACCGCAUAUAGCGAUGGAUCAGCAGACGCUUUCACAGCAGAAUCUUCUUCAGCAGCCGCCACAAUUGCCGCCGGCAAAUCCUCUCGCACAAACACCCGAAAACCCGUACACUUACGACAGUAGUUAUAGCCCAAAUGUUACCUACGCGCAAGGUAUAGCGAUAGAGGCUCCGAAACGGGGACAAGGACAUCCAUUGAAAAGUUUCAGCGUACCUGCACCACCCGCAUCCACACCCAUCAUCAGUGGCCAGGGUAAACAUGGCACUCCAACGCCCGCAGUCACGAUACGCCCGCAGAAUUCCUCGCCCUACAAAAAACCAUCUCUCUCAUCCGGUUCGCUGACCAAUCGACUGCAGACCGGGCCGGUAGUUGCACACUCGAAUGAUGAGAUCCAACGAUUGGCACCGUCCACUUCCACCGAGGAGCUCAACCAGGAGAUGGCCAAUCUCGAGGGCCUGAUGAAAGAUCUGAGUGCAAUCACAGCGAACGAGUUCGAGUGCUAGAUCGCUUCGACCUGAAGACGGUGCAAAAUGCGUGAUGAAAAUUGUUUAGUCAUUAUUAAUUUUAAUUUCGUAUGAGUGAGGUUGAGUGUGAGCGUUACGAGUGAAUGAGCGGUAUGCAAGUGUCGCGUUGUGUGAACGGUACGUGAUCAUGCUGGAUCGACUGAACGUUGUGUCGGAUAGGGUUAGGCAUUAUUAUUAUUGGUAUUUGCAAUUACUUUAAAGCAAACGCUAUAUUACGGAUAAUGGUAGUCGGUGCGACACCGGUUAAACGGCGCAGCGUGUCGUUAUGCUAAUGCAUCGUAUAACUCACAUUAAUUUAUUAAAUUACUCUUUAAGGACUAACCCCCGUAUAGUACAUAGUCACCCACUAAAGGCGCAAACUCUCCAGCUGGGAGUGCAUUAGGGAAAACAAUAUAUUUCGCAUAACGCAGUCGGGAGACGCAUAACGAAUGUGUAACGUAAUCGUACUGACGCAUGAUAAUUUUACAUAAGUUCGAUCGGUAGGUUAGGAGCAUUGUUCGAAUUGUCCUUGGGCACGUGGUCACUUCGUUUCUGUCCACCCGUGAACCCUGUGCGGAUGCGGCUCUCUUGUAGUUUAGUGAUAAACAUCCUUCAGAUUGUACAUAUGACGAAACCCGAGAGGCAAAAGUGAUUUUGUAAACAGUUUAAGUUUAUAAUCGUUUCGUCCUUCGUACGAGUAGUUACAUGCGGACAGUAAUGUAUACAAAAAAAAAGAUUAAUUCCAUUCUUCUUUAAGUACAAGCAAACGGAUUGGAUUAUGUUGGUUGUCUUAAAACUCGUUCGUACACCAAAACCGCCCAUACGCCCAGUGAUUUUAUUGCAAAUUAAAACUAGAACAGAAGAAUCAGCUUGUACCUCAGUUCGAUUGAUACACCGAUGGUCGGGUAAUUGUUAAAAUAGGAUUACAAACAAACCAACCCAAAACACCUUACAAAUGGAAGACAACAGGGAUCAAUUUUACAUGCCACUCCACUCGUACUCGGUACUGCCAUACAAUGGUCGGGAUGCCAAACGGUGUUCCGAUUGUUUAGCGUAAUUCGUUCAAUUCGGAACGGUUCCUAACGGCCAUUCAGCUAUAGGUUUACAUGUUUUUUUUGUUCCUGUGCUUUUACCAUGCGUGUCAGUUUAUCGAUUUGCGUUACUUUUCUACGUACCAUCUUAUCCUCUCUUUAAAAAACACCGCUCUGCUUUAUGUAUAAUACGUAUCUUGUAAUAGGACACAGUUGGAAGGAGCGCACACUGUACACUAGGGCACCUAAACGCCCAUUAGUCACCGUCUAUGUAAACCCGUAUGUAACACGUGAGUGUAUAUCGGUGUGUUGUAAAACCUUUUGAACGUUUUUACACAGGUUCCGCCAGGUGGUGGAUGAGCUGAACGAUGAAACGAGUAGUUUAGUUUAUUUUUAUACACUUACAAGAAUCAAAAACAUACAAAUCGAAUUGUGUUAGGUUCCAACCGAUAUUGUCGUACCCCGCCUGUCGUACACCACAAUCACACCAAUAAUAGCUAGAGAAUGAAGGAAGUAUAAUAGCGAUCGGGAUGAAAACUGUAGUGUGCGGAAGAGUGUAAUAUUAAACCUCACAUACCACUGAAUUGAAUAUCCUAUGCACAAAUGCAGCGAAUUUACACGGCCGCCCAUUAGCGCACGUUUUCCCAAUAGGACUUUUAGAGCCCUAAUCAUCAUGACACACUAUGCUUCAUCCAGUAUUUGUUCGAAUCGAUCUGUCUUAGUAUGCUUUGUCUAGAUACAUAUUUAUCCCAUAUAACAGUACAGAAGCAGCACGUGGUUCCAUCUCAUAUUUCAUCUUCAUCGAAGACUUACGGUUUCUGCAGUGUUCAUAGACAUUCAUUUUAGACCAUCCGUACAUCUAAGCAAGCACUGAUUUCCGGGGUUGUAAAGUGUGUGUAAAGCGAAUCGAAUGCUUUUGAUGCUAGUCGACUUACAUACGACAUCGUCGGCGGUAGCUCACUAGUGUGGAUGGCCCGACACUUAUUUCACAAUUUUCUAGUAAACCAGCUAAGCUAAAAUGUCCCGAAGAAGGGUUUUUUUUUUAAUUUACCCCAAAGAUUCACACAUUGUACAGAGAGGAUGCACAUGGGAGAAAAACAACAACACAGCUGAGAAAAUAAAACUACUUUGAGAUUAUGUUUUAUGUUUAGAUGUAAGCAACAAUAUUUCUACCGUACCCCCGAACCAUUCUCGAACUAAACAACUCAGCGCAAACGAAACGAUAACAAAAUAUCAAAUGCACACAAGCAACAAAUCCGGAAAACUCAAGGAUGAAACGACGAGACGAGCGGCAGAAAAGCACACAAAGCACGUGUAAUGGCGUGUGCGUAAGCCUAAAACACUGGUAGCAUUUUUUCUAGUAAUACUGUAUUUAUACAAGUGAGUCAAAACCCACAAAAACGAACAAGAACUAGAUAUGAGAUAGAAGGGAAACAAAAAUCUAAACCGAUUUGACAGUGAAAUGAA